CCUGACGGCGGCUGGGGGUGGAUGAUUGUGAUUGGCUGCUUCCUUGUUACUAUUUGCACUAGAGCUGUAACAAGGUGUAUUUCAAUUUUCUUUGUGGAGUUCCAGACCUACUUCGCUCAAGAUUAUGCCCAGACAGCUUGGAUCCAUUCUAUUGUUGACUGUGCUACAAUGCUUUGUGCACCACUUGGGAGUUUUAUCAGUAAUCACGUCUCCUGUCAAGUGGGCAUUAUGCUGGGAGGACUGCUUGCAUCGACUGGACUCAUCUUGAGUUCUUUUGCCACAAGCCUGGAGCAUCUUUACCUUUCCCUAGGAGUUCUUACAGGACUGGGAUUUGCACUUUCAUAUUCACCGGCCAUUGCAAUGGUGGGCAACUAUUUCAACAAGCGGAAGGCGCUGGCUUACGGGAUCGCCAUGUCUGGCAGCGGCAUCGGCACCUUCAUCCUGGCUCCCGUAGUCCAGCUUCUGAUUGAGCAGUUCUCCUGGCGUGGGGCCUUGCUCAUCCUGGGGGGGUUUGUGUUAAACCUCUGCGUCUGUGGUGCCUUGAUGAGACCUAUCGUGGGCAAAGAGGAUCGUGAGAAUGGGCUGGAGUUCCCCGAGCAGGAGUUUGAGCCUGAAGCACACAAGUCAGACUUCAAGCAGUGGUCAGCCUGCUCUCCUCUGGUCAAAGUGUGGUCUCACAAGUGCCUGUGCCAGUGUUCGUGGCACGAGUAUAACUUUUUACUGAUGCCAGACUUCAUGGUACUUGCGGGCUCGGUCCUGUUCAUGGCUUAUGGCUGCAGCCCCCUCUUUGUCUACUUGGUGCCUUAUGCCUUAAGGGUUGGAGUCAGUCACCAGCAAGCAGCCUUCCUCAUGUCUAUCCUUGGGGUCGUUGACAUUGUUGGCAACAUCACCUUCGGGUGGCUCACAGACAGAAGGUGCUUGAAGAAGUACCGUUACAUUUGCUACCUCUUUGCGGUGGGGAUGGAUGGCCUCUGUUGUCUUUUCCUUCCGAUUCUCCAAAGCUUUCCGCUCCUGGUGCCUUUCUCUUUCACCUUUGGGUAUUUUGACGGAGCCUAUGUGACCCUGAUCCCUGUGGUAACAGCAGAUGUGGUGGGCACGGCUUCCUUAUCGUCCGCCCUCGGAGUGGUGUACUUCCUUCACGCAAUACCGUACCUCAUCAGCCCACCUGUGGCAGGUUGGCUUGUGGAUACAACUGGCAACUACACCACAUCAUUCCUUCUCUGUGGGUUUUCCAUGAUAUUCAGUUCAACACUGCUGUGCUGUGCAAGGCUGGCCAAGAAAGUCAGACAGACUCCUGUGCGGCCAGCUGGUGGAGACACCGAUGUCAAGCAGCAGAUCUGGACAAAGGGAGCAAUAGUUUACUCUGUAAAUGGGGAGGUAGAUCAAAAGGGUGUGGAGUUGCUAGCCAGUGGGGCAAACAGCUAUGGCAGAAGAUGA